AAAUUAUUUUUCUUCUGAGAAAGAAAUCUUGAAUGUAAACUCAUAUUAAGAGGCUCUGAAGAAUAACAACCCUUUGGGGGACAACUACUUCAACGUCAUGACCAAAGGCAAAGAACCUAUUAUUAGAAACUUUCAUCUGGUUUGCAUUGUGAAUUUAGUAGUUGGAAUCAUAAUCCAGUUCUCUGAUGAAAGUGAGUUUUCAGUAGACAUGUCAAAAAUAGAGCUUACUCAUAUUCCAAGAGACUUGUCACCCAAAACCAAAGUGUUGGAUAUGUCUCAGAACUACAUAUCUGAAAUACACCUCUCUGACAUCAGCUUUCUAAUAGAACUGAAAGUUUUGAGACUUUCCCAUAAUAGAAUCCAGUGCCUUGAUUUUAGUGUUUUCAAGUUCAACCAGGAUUUGGAAUAUUUGGAUUUAUCUUACAAUCAAUUACAGAAGAUUUCGUGCCAUCCAGUUAUGAGUCUCAAGCAUUUAGAUCUCUCAUUCAAUGACUUUGAUGUCCUGCCCAUCUGUAAGGAAUUUGGCAAGUUGACACAACUGAAUUUCUUGGGAUUAAGUGCUACGAAGUUAAAACAAUUAGAUAUUCUGCCAAUUGCUCACUUGAAGCUAGGCUACAUCCUUCUGGAUUUAGAAGGUUAUUAUGUGAAAGAAAAUGAGGUGGAAAGUCUUCAAAUCCCCAGCACAAAAAUACUUCAUCUUGUUUUUCCUCCAAAUAGUUUAUUCUCUUUGCAAGUGAACAUAUCAGUUAAUAUUAUAGAGUGCUUACAACUGACUAAUGUGAAAUUGAAUGAAGACAACUGUAAAGUUUUAAUUAAAUUUUUAUCAGACAUUAUUAGAGGUCCAAAUUUACUAAAUUUUACCCUCAGCCACAUGGCAACAACUUGGAAAUGUUUCAUUAGAGUUCUUGAAUUCUUUUGGCCCAGACCAGUAGAAUACCUGAAUAUUUACAAUUUAACAAUUGUUGGAAGCAUUAAUAAAGAAGAUUUUACUUAUUCUAAAACAACAUUGAAGGCACUGAAAAUAGAACAUAUUACACACACAGUUUUUAUUUUUUCAAAGACAGCAUUAUACAGAGCGUUUUCUGAGAUGAACAUUAUGAUGUUAACUCUAUCAGAUACAACUUUUAUACACAUGCUUUGUCCUCAUACACUAAGCACAUUUAAGUUUUUGAACUUUACGAAUAAUGUUUUCACAGAUAGUAUUUUUCAAGAGUGUUCCACUUUAGUUAAAUUGGAGACACUUAUCUUACAAAAGAAUGAUUUAGAAAAUCUUUUUAAAAUAGGUCUCAUGACAAAACAAAUGCCAUCUUUGAAAAUACUGGAUGUUAGCUGGAAUUCUCUGCAAUAUAAUACACAAGAUGGACUCUGCACUUGGGUUGGAAGUAUAGUGGUAUUAAAUAUGUCUUCAAAUAUGCUGACUGACUCUGUUUUCAGAUGUUUACCUCCCAGGGUGAACGUCCUUGAUCUUCACAGCAACAGAAUAAGGAGCAUCCCAGAGGAUGUCAACCAUCUGGAAGCUUUGCGAGAACUCAAUGUAGCUUUCAAUUCUUUAACCAAGCUCCCUGGCUGUGGUGCUAUGAGCAGCCUUUCUGUUCUGAUCAUUGAGUAUAAUUCAAUCUCCAACCCACCUGGAGAUUUCUUCCAGAACUGCCAGAAGAUGAGGUCAAUCAGAGCAGGGAACAACCCAUUCCAAUGCACAUGUGAGCUAAGAGACUUUAUCCAAAGUGUAGGCCAAGCACCCAGUGAGGUGGUGGAGGGUUGGCCUGAUUCUUACGUGUGUGACUAUCCAGAAAGCUCUAAGGGCACCCCACUGAAGGACUUUCAUGUGUCUCCACUAUCCUGCAACACAGCACUGCUGAUUGUCACCAUUGUGGUCACCGUGCUGGUGUUGGCCAUCACCGUGACCACUCUCUGCGUCUACUUUGACGUGCCCUGGUAUCUCAGGAUGGUGUGCCAGUGGACCCAGACCCGGCGCAGGGCUAGGAACAUACCUUUAGAGGAGCUCCAAAGAACUGUCCAGUUCCAUGCUUUUAUUUCAUACAGUGAUCAUGAUUCUGCCUGGGUGAAGAAUGAAUUACUGCCAAAUCUAGAAAAAGAAGAUAUACGGGUCUGUCUACAUGAAAGGAACUUUAUUCCUGGCAAGAGCAUUGUGGAAAAUAUCAUCAACUGCAUUGAGAAAAGUUACAAGUCCAUCUUUGUUUUGUCUCCCAACUUUGUGCAGAGUGAGUGGUGCCACUAUGAGCUCUACUUUGCCCAUCACAAUCUCUUCCAUGAAGGAUCUAACAACUUAAUCCUGAUCUUGCUGGAACCCAUCCCUCAGGACAAUAUUCCUAGCAAGUAUCAUAAGCUGAAGGCUCUCAUGACACAGAGGACUUAUUUGGAAUGGCCCAAGGAGAAGAGCAAACAUGGACUUUUUUGGGCUAACAUCAUAGCUGCUUUUAAUGCAAAAUUAACGCUAGUUACUGAAAACAGUGAUGAGAAAGAUCCGACUUAGGCACUGUCAGAAGAUUCUACUUAGACCUUGUCACUCACUUGCAUUCUGAUGAACACUGAAUCAGUGUUUAGUUACUAUCUGGAUGGUGCCUUCCUAUCUCCACACGUUCAGGAAAGAUUAAUAAAAAGUGUUUUUCAAUUUAAGGUUACAGAUAACUGAAUCUCUCUGGUUUAACUAUACAAAUUAAUAUUGUCUCUUUUGAGUAAAUGCUCAGUCAGUCAAGGCCUUUUCCUCACUCUUCUCCUUUCCCAAAUGGAUUCUGAGGAGUUAAAUCUCAAAUGGAUUUUAAGGGAGUGCAUGGCAGCAAAGAGUCCACCUCCAGACUGUGUCCACUGGUCGUUGGGGCCCUCCUCAUGGACCUCUGGGUGAGCACUGUCAUUCUAUCCAAUUUGGGGGCUAGAAAAAAUUACAUCAGUUAUGGAAAAUAAAGAAAUAAGCUUCUUCCUUUCACAUCUGAGUAAUAGUUUAUUAAAUUUUUGCUAUGGCUACACAAUUAAUGGAGACCCACAACACAGCAAUUUAUGUAUAUAAAGGGAAAUACAGAUUUCAGUCAGAGGUUGUUGAGGCCAAAGACCUGGAUUUAUUCACUUCCCAAGGAAACUCAGAACCCAAUUUAUUUGUAACUGGUUAUUUAAUGAGACUUUCCUGAUUUUCUCAGAAUUUUGGGUAAUGCCUCAACGCUGACAGAGACUGUAAAUACAGUCACAUUUUAAAGCUGAAAUGUUAGCGACAACCAAGUUAGAUGUACUAAAAUAUAGCAAAGACUAGUAACUAUCAGACCACAUCAUUGAUUUCCAGAAGACUAGAUUCAAAAAGGCGGUGAGAGAAUCGUUAAGUAGAGGUUCUAGACUUAUGGGGAGACGUCGUUGGAUUUUUUCAAAGGCAGAUGAGGGCCUGUUCACAGAAUAGAGAAAUAUUCUGGCCUCUGACUCCCAGCCUGGAGUUUUGCCAAGUAGCAGGAAUAUGCAGGUCCGGUGCAGCACGUGGGGUAGAAAGUGAGAGCUUCUGCAAGAAUUUGAUGGGCCCACCCAGGAUUUGGGGGUGCACUGAAUGUUAGGAACACAGAGAUUGGUAAAUAAAACCUGGCAAAUAAAUAUAAGUGCUUGGGUAAUAUUCGUUGAAUGAAUGGCUAAGUGCUUCCCACCUGGAGAAUUUCAAAGGUGAGAGGCUGGAUUGGGCAGCCCUAAGAGGCAGGAUGAAGAGAGAAGAGAAGCAGCGAUUGCAACCUCCCUCCCAUUAUUGUGGGAGUGUGUGAUUUCCUGUGGACCACCUUCAUCAUGGGCAGGCUGGCUGAGCUUGAGAGGACUUCAGCUAACUGGGCAGUUGUGCAAAGGAACGAUAGUGGUAAGAGGUCAGGGGCUGGAGGAAGUGGUGUGUGGUGAGUACAGAGGGUGUUGGUGUGAGAGAUGUGCCCCUUCAUCAAGGUACUAUGCAAAUGUGGGAUCCACUUGAGGCAUCCGAAUAAUGGUGUGUUUGUGAAAGAGCCAGUAUCUGGACUUUUCCCUAAUAAUAGGCAGAGACAUGGUGGCUGGUCAAUUUAUCCACUAGUAAACUGCAGGGAGAUUGACUCCUCAUUGCCUAAUAUGUCCUCCCUCGCAGUGGUCUGAGGACAUCUAGAUUAUGAGGAAGAGAAGUUGGCGGGUAAAGAAACUGACCACCCUCCUUCUCCACUGCGCUGUGUAAUAGGCCUGAGUGAGAGCCAAGCAGAAUUUUGAAUAA